AUGUCCGCUGACGUGCGAAACUACAGUUGCGGACUGGACGCGGGAGACCAUCCCCGUGCCAUAACUGCGGCACUGAAGAAUCUGGCUGGGCGUGGAGCAGACCUAUCAGACGUGCUGCUUUCUAUGCGCACAGCGACCAUCGAAGCCAAUGUCUACCACUACAACACCGCCAUCUCGACGUGCCAGGGGCCUCUGUGGCAGUCUGCAUUGCACUUGCUGCUCCGAAUGUCGCUGCACCUUGUCCCUGCUGAUGCCGUCAGCCAGAAUGCCGCAAUGGCAGCGGUGGGGCCUCUGUGGCAGCGGAGUGCCAACUUGUUCAGGGACAGCGACAAAGAAGGAGUUGCGUUCAACAGCAUGCUGUCUUCCUUGAGCAAGGUGGGCAACUGGGAGCUGGGACAGAGUGCCUUGAAGGAAAUGCGCUGCAGUCUCGUGCAAGCAGACCAUAUCAGUUUCACCGCCUGCCUUGAUGCCAGCGGCCGAGCAGACCAGUGGAGAAGGUCAUGGUUCCUGCUGAAAGAAUUGCAGACUUCGCUCCGUGCGGACGUGGUAGCCUGGAACUGUGCCAUCUCCAGUGGACGGGCCUGGCAAAGAGCGUUGGAAGUAGUAGCAGCCAUACCAUGGCAUGCACUGCAACCAGACACAGUCAGCUACGAUUCCGCCAUCAGCAGAUGCACCGGCAAGUGGCAGCACGCCUCAAGCCUGAUGGGCUCAUCGGGCCUCCGUGCUUCGCUUGUCACCUACCAUGCGGCCAUGACUGCCUUCGAGGCCCCUGGCUGGUGCUUUGCCCUCAAUUUUCUUCAAGGCAUCGGAAGUGAACGACUGCUGCCGGAGGUUCUGACGUACAACUCUGCUGCCGCUGCCUGUCAAAAGGCACUCCGAUGGCUCCAGGCAUCGGGAGUGUUGAGGAGCAUGUCCGUCUCAGGACUGCAGGGCGACUCUUAUACUUGCAGUGCUGUUCUCGGUGCCUGUCGAGACUCUUGGGCACUGGCCGUUGAACUAGUUUCCGGCAUGUGCCGGAGCGAUCUCCCUCCCAACGCAAUCGUAUUCAAUGCGUUGGCCAGUGCUUGCGGCCUGGCAGGUCAAUGGCAGCUUGCCCUGCGAUCCUUGGAUGCUGUGGGCGACUGCUUUACCUAUGCUGCAGCCAUCAGCGCGUGCGAGAAGGCACAUGAAUGGCAGCGGGCGCUUUGGCUCCUAUACCAGAUGCCGGGAGUGUGCCUCAAGGCGGAUGCCGUCUGCUUCGCGGCCGCCAUCAGCGCCUGUGAGAAGGGACAGCGUUGGCAGCAUGCAAUCCGUGUGUUUUCUGAAAUGAAAACUUACCGGCUUGAACCUGCUCUCAUGGCCUGCAACGCGCUAAUCAGCGCUCUGGAGAAGUGCAGCUGCUGGCAGCUUGCAUUAUCAUUGCUUAUCUCGGUCGGAAUGGACGCAGACAUCGUGACCUUCAAUGCCGCCCUGGGCGCCUGUGCCAAGGCUCAGCCUUGGCCGUUUGCCUUAGAAGUCUUCGACGGGAUGUCGGGUUCAAAACUACAGCCCGACGCCGUGAGCUACAACGUGGUGAUCGGGGCAUGCGAGAGAUCCUCCCACUGGGAAACAGUGCUGGCCCUUCUGCGUGAAGAGUCGAGUACCUUCGGCAAGAUGCUGGCAGACCUGUGCGCUCCGAGCUCUGGCACUAUCACCUCUCUGAUGGAUUUGGAGUUCAAGAGCAACAGCGACCUCUGUCACCUCAUCUGGCGCUUUGCGAAGCUCGCCCAAGCAGCACUCUUUGAUGUCGACAUCGGUUGUGUCACGAGGGCAGCUGCGACCGUGCUGGCAGCAGCCAUGCGUCGAGAUCUGGACUUGUCAGAGAUCAGCACAUUCCUGUGGUCUUUAGCAGUGCUCGGCGUGGACUCGGACGGCCCAGGGGUCCGGAGGUUGAUAUUGCAGCUCAGGCAGAGGCUGGCUGCAGGUCAAGAGAAGGUAUUGCCCCUGAAGUUGCUUGGCAACGUCAUUUGGGCGGUGGCGAUGAUGAAGGACUUGGAGCUUCUUGUCCUGCAGAAGGAGAUGGUUGCACGGUCCAAGAUGGACUUUUGGCAGACCCUGGAUUUUUCUUCUGCUGCACUAGAAGUCUUGUGGGCAUCUGCCUUUGUCCAGCGGCUGCCCAUUCAAGUUGAAGCCAGCCUAAGCGAGUCCGUCAGAAGAGUGGCUGGCGAACUGGACCGGCGGCCAUCGCCAGCCCUCUGGUCUCCUGCCGCUUCUUCCGGACGUCCCCAGUUAGACAGAGACUCGGAGUCUCCUCGCAUUCUGCGACGCUACUCCGACCGAGUCGUCGUGUAUAAACCUCCGGGCUGGCAGGUGGAUGAUGCUUUGGCAGACAGGCGUUGGCCACUCUCCUCUUGGCUACGCACAGCCCUUCGUGGGCAACAGAAUCUUCUGGAGGACCUUCAGCAUCGGCGAGGCUUUAUCCACCGCCUCGAUGUCCCCACAUCUGGGCUUCUCCUGGUGGGAACAAGCUAUUCUGCAUACUACGACAUGCAGCUCCAGCUUAUGACUCGCCGGAUGACGAGACAGUACCUCGUGCUCUGCCACGGCUGGCUUGGAGCGCGAACACAGAUCGAGGCCCGGAUCCACUCCCUCGAGGACGGACCCAGCUGGUAUCGGUCCAGCCGGAUUUCAAGCGUCGGCGGACGGCCGUCCGCGACCCUUCUGGAGCCGGUCGCAUACGCAACGAUGGAUGAGAAGGCUUUCACUCUGACCGACUUUCAGAUUGUUACAGGCAGAAGACACCAGAUUCGAGUCCACACGGCCCAUUGCGGAUACCCAACGAUGAGCGAUGCCAGAUACACGGCUGAAGCAACCUUCAAGGACGACUCGUCUCGAUGCGGCCGAAACUUUUUGCAUCGAUACCGCUUGAAGUUUGAGGUGGCAGACAUGGCACAGAGGUACCAAGAGGUGGAGGAGCAACUCCCACAAGAUCUUGCAAACGUCCUGGACUUGCUUGUCAACAUCAUUCGCUGCAAUUCGCGCAUCUCAUCGCUCAGCCGGGGCAGACGCUGGAGAGAGGGCUUGGAGCUCUGGGCUUCAUUGCCGGAGCAGGAUCUUCGGCCAGACACUUGGAGCCUCAACGCUGCCCUCGCUUGCGCCGGCUGCAGCGCCAGCAGCAGCUCCAGCAGCAGCUCCAGCUGGCCGGCGGUCCUGGCGCUGCUGGCGUUCGCCUCUGCCGAUACCAUCAGCUUCAAUCUCCUCCUCACGAGCCUUGCCAAGGAUGCUUUUCCAGCAUGGAAAGCAUCGAUGGCGGUGUUGGCAUUGCUGCCCCCGGCGAUGCUGCGUCCGCAGGCAGCGAGUCUGGGACCUUGCAUCAGCGCCAGUUCACGAGCAACGCGAUGGCAGCAGGCAGCCCAAGUCCUUCGUGUCUUUCGCGUGUCCAGCUUGGUGGACCUGGGUGCAUGCAACGCAGCCUUGGCCGGAUGUGCAGGAGCAGGGCGAUGGCAGCAGGCCUUCUGCGAGCUGGAAGCUCUCCUCAGCAGUGCUAUGCAGCCUGAUGCUGUGACGUUCAAUUCUUGCUUUAGUGCCUGCGAGACUGCCCGUGUUGGGCAACGAGCCUUGCAGUUGAUGCAGCGCAUGUGCAUGCUUGGCAUCCGACCAACUGCCAUCAGCAUUAACACAAUAGUCAGUGCCUGCGAGAAGGUGAGUGAGUGGAAGACCGCACUCGGACUGCUGGCUGAGCUGCCGGAGAUGAGUCUCCUACCGGAUAUCAUUAGCUAUAACGCCGCAAUCGGCGCGUGCUCCGAGAACUGGCAGCAGGCCGUCGCUCUCUUCCAGAGUCUGCUUUCAACGCGACUGUGUCCCGACCAGGUGACGCUGGGUGCUUUAAUAACCGCAUGUGCGAAUGCGGAGCAGCUUCCCACGAUUGAAACACUCCUGGAACAUAUGCGCCAACUUUGCUUGGAGGAGAACCUGGUUAUUUGCAACAGCUGCCUCAAGGCUUGCGACAAGGCAGGGGGACGGGCAUGGAAAAAAUCGCUCAUCUUCCUCGACUCUAUGACGUGUCUGGCUAUCCAAAAAGAUCUGCUCAGCUACGGCUCGGCGAUGAGAAGCUGCCAGAAAGCUUCGCAAUGGCAAGUGGCGUGCCACCUCUUCCAUGAAAGUGCUUCCAGCACCAGCAACCUAGUGCCCGAUGCUUUCAGCUAUGAAGCAGCGCUUACAGCCUAUGCUGCAGCUGGUAGGGCCUUGCAGACCGUAGCCUUGCUCUGGGGCCUCUCCAAUGUCCUGCGACUGCAAAACCUCCGCGAAAAAUCGCAAAGGAUUAAAGAAGUACUUCCUCUGAGAAAUGCAGUCUCUUCUCGGCUGUACACGCCUCGCCUGGCGACGUCCGUACUCACGGGCCUGGCUGCCGAAGAGAUCUUGCGCUGGAUGCAAGACGAGGAGCUCGAAGUCAACGUGUUUCACACAUCCGCGGUUCUGUCUGCUUGUUCCAGAAGCAAGCAGUGGCAGCUGGCACUGGACUUGCUGCAAUGCCAGAGUGUCAACGAAGUCGGAUUCAAUGCCUUUCUUGAUUCCUGCGAAAAGGCCGGGCAAAUGGACCUAGCCUUCAAAAUGUUUUCAAAGAUGUCAGCACGGUCUCUGCAGCCAGAUGUCAUAAGCUGCAACACGGCCAUGCGUGCAGCGAGCUCCUCCCGACACUGGCAGCUGGGACUCGCCUUCCUCGAUGGUGCUGAGGUCGACGUGAUCAGUUACACUUCAUGCAUGAACUGUUGCCAGGGGCACUUGUGGCAGGUUUCACUGGCUUUUUGGGAUCUGAUCCAAAUCGUAAACUUCGAGCCCAGCUCCAGGGCCUUCAACUCGGCCAUCCAUGCGCUUCGCGCAGAGUGGACAGUGGCUCACCAGAUUUUCCAAGAAAUGCUGUCAUCAGGGACGUCGGCGGAUCCGUUCACCUUGAGCUCUCUAGUCCACACAUCUUGGGAACUGUCUUUCAACGUCAGAAGCAUGGGACUUGCAGGGAUCGACGGGGCUGCAUGCAACGCACUUCUGGACAGCGGCCCUUGGACUGUGGGCUUGGAGAUUCUGGAGGAGAUGCAGCUAGAGAGGAUCUAUGUGGGGCGUGUCGGCUACACGGCCUUGGGACGAGCAAUUGGAUCUCUUCACUGGAGCCAGGGCGGGGCCCUCUUGUCGCAGAUGCGCCGAAUGGAGGUGCAGUCGGACAGCUUCUCCAGAAACUUGGCGAUUGGCCUUUCCGAAGAGGGUGACUGGCAAUCGGCCUGCUCGGCAUUGCGGGAUGUGGGAACUUCCCUGGUGCCAGAUGAAAUUGGUGUCAGCACGGCUCUCAGCACGUGCGAGCAGUCGUCGCAGUGGCGCUGGGCAGCACGGCUCUUCUCACACAUCGAAGCUGUGCCGAAGAUUGGGUCCAGAGUGGUUGCCAUCAAUGCGGCCCUCGGUGCUUUUGCAAAGAGCCUUCAAUGGGCCUGGGCAAUGUGCUUUCUACACCAGAUGCCUGAAGGCACUACCCGGCCCGAUGUGGUGUCACUCUCGACCUCCAUCAACGCCUGUGAGAAGAUUGGCUACUGGGGAGUAGCCCUCUUCAUAUUGACGGCUUUCAGAAGCGCACAGCUCAAGGACCCCGGUGCUGUCUUCGGCUUCAGCGCUGCGAUCAGUGCUUGCGAGAAGGGUCGGCAGUGGCGGCCUGCUUUGUCCACACUGAGCCGUUCGUUGCACAAUCGGGUGCAGCCCAGCGAGAUAUCCUUCUCUGCCGCCAUCAGCGCGUGUGAGAAAGGCCACGCGUGGAGGAUCUCCCUGCUGCUGCUCGAUGCCCUCGCACCAGCGAAGCUCCAGACGGGUGGCGUCAGUUUCGAUGCGGCCAUCAGCGCCUGCCAGAAAGGCGAAGCUGCAUCGCAUGGAAGUGGGCACAGUUUGGGUGCUGCUCUCACAGCCUGUGAGAGAAGUGGGAACUGGGAUGUGGCUUUGGAUGCCUGGCAGAGGAUGCAGAGCCAAUGCUUGUCAUCGGAUGAGACAAGCAUCAGUGCAAUUGUCAAUUCGUGUCGCAAUGGUGGUCGCUGGCAGCUGGCGUUGCAGAUCACCAGCUCAGGUUGCCUCCUGAGGACUGUGCGUCUGACCGUGAACGUUGAACAAGAUCCUGCUGACUUUCCUGUUACCUUUGCAGGUAGUUUGCCCUCGCACUUGCGCUCAGCGGGUGUGGGCGCCUGCGAAGCAUCGGAUGUGCCGGCAGAGAGCCUUGGUGUGAGCAUCAUGCUGAAAAUGAUAUGGUUUGCGCCCACUCCGGCCGCCGUCGCAGUCUUGGAGUAUCUGUCUGGACGGCAAGUGGAGGUAAACACGUUUCAUUACAACUCUGUCAUCUCGGCGUGCGGGGGGGACUGGGAGUUGGCGGUGCAGCUGCUGGAGCAAAUGAAGCACCGGACUGUGUCGCCAAGUGAAGUCAGCUAUGGUGCUGCAAUCAAGGCCUGCAGCAAAGGCAGACAGUGGCAGCAUGCGCUCGGAUUGUUGUUUGCAAUGGGGCUCGAACCCAACGUGGUCGUGUACACUGCUGCUAUUAGCUCAUUAGAGGCGAGAGCACAGUGGGAAAUUGCCAUUGCACUGCUUGGGCUCAUGUCCAUGCAGUCUCUCCGUGUGGACGUGACCUGCCUCAGUGCAGCCAUGCGGACUGCCAAGAAGAACUGGGAGAUUUCUUUGCAGCUUUUCGAGAGCAUCAUUCGGAAGGAACUGGUGCCGGACCUUAUCAGUUUCAACACUCUGAUCAGCUCGUGCGAAGAGCAGGGUCUUUGGAUGGAAUCAUUGAAGAUCCUGAAUUCGGCGUCUAGGUUCACUUUGCAUCCGAGCGCGGUGAGCUACAAUGCUGCAGUGGCCGUUCAACGAUCUGUGGCGAAGGUCAAAGACGGUCAAUAG